AUGGACGGUGCAGAUGGAGGAUCAUCGCUCUCAGGCUCAGCCGCGCAGACCACCGUCGAUCUGAGCCGAGAUAGGGCGGCGGUGGCGGACCUGACGGGGAAGGUGCAUCAUCUUCCGUGCUGCAUCAAGCACGACGGUCCCACCUCUGUUUCUCACUACUUCAAGCCCAAACACACAGGUAUGGAGGUGGACGGGCUGAAGGUGGAAGAAGCGCAUUUUCGAGGGAGGAAAUUACACGGUACCACCGUCCCCCUGCCGGAAGGCUAUUCUGGCUUUAUCUUGGGAAAGAAAUGUCAUGGUAAGGAGACUAGCACGGGAGGAUGUGAAUACUGGGAAACAAAUGCGACUUUUCAGAAUAUUACUGUGUGGAAUCACGAUGCCAUGCCCUCAAAGGACGAUGCUUUCUUGCGUGCCUUUCACUGGUUUUCUGCUGCCAAUGCUCUGCACAGGACGGUGACUCCUGAAGAAUUGGAGUCUACAUGCUUUGAUUAG